CUCAUACCGUAGUAAUCGGUGGAUGGGAGUAUUGGUAGUGUGAGUGGAACGUGUGAAGUUGUAGUAGUAAUAGUAGGCCUACUAUUUACGCUUAAGCUUCAGUUUGGAUAUUAACGAUGUUUUCUCGAAAAAUUUCUACUUUAUCGGGAGUGUUCUCUUCUGGGUCAUAUUCACAAACUGUUGCAGAAAAGGAACGAUCUAUUCGUCAAGAACCGUUCGAGAAAGCUUAUCGUAUUGGUACUUUACUUGGAAAGGGUGGAUUCGGAACGGUUUACGCGGGAAUACGACUAAGAGAUAAUGCCCAGGUUGCAAUCAAACAUAUACCAAAAGAAAAAGUAACGGACUGGGGACAGACUAACGGACACCGUGUGCCUAUUGAAGUCUGCCUGCUACGAAGAGUGAGUAGCGUUCCGGGCGUUAUACGAUUGUUGGAUUGGUAUGAAAGGCCUGAUUCAUUUAUCAUUGUAAUGGAAAAACCCGAGACUGUACAAGAUUUGUUCGACUUUAUCACCGAGCGAGGUGUUCUAGACGAAAAAUUGACCCGCCUGUUUUUUCGGCAGGUCGUCGAGACCGUGAUGGCGUGUCAUGACGCGUAUGUCAUUCAUCGUGACAUUAAAGACGAGAACAUCCUCGUUGACCUAAAUAACUUUUCUUUAAAACUGAUCGAUUUCGGAUCUGGGACGUACCUGAAAGAAACCGUUUAUACCGACUUUGAUGGUACCCGUGUGUACAGUCCACCAGAAUGGAUCGGUAGUAACCGUUACUAUGGGACCAGUGCCACAGUCUGGUCGUUAGGAAUUUUGUUAUAUGACAUGGUAUGUGGCGACAUACCGUUUCAACAUGACGAACAGAUUCUGAGGGCGGAGAUUUCUUUCCGUAGGAGAUUAUCACAGGAUUGCCAAGACCUCAUCAGAAAAUGCCUGUCUCUACGUCCGUGUGAUCGUCCAUCCCUGGAAGAGAUCUUGGAACAUCCUUGGAUGUCCGCCGAGCUGGGGAGCGUUACGUCAUCCGAGAUCCCCGUGAGACGUAACUCUGUCGACCAGCACUCUCUCGAUCAGGCUUCUACUUCUAGCCACGAUAGCAUUUGAUUGGACGGUCCGUUAGUCUUGAAAGGUGCUUGGUUCCUAGAUACAGUUGUGAUGGACAGAACAAUCCCACGCGUUCACAAUAAGUCACUUCAUCAUCCCCCCCCCCCCAUUGUCGGUCUGCGGGGGGUGUUCCUUUCUGUACCGCAGUGCAAGAUCUAGUGUUCGUUACUUGUUCAGCUGUAUUGUUUGUUUUAUCUCCAAGUCAGUGAGAGAGAGAAAGAGAGAAAUUAUUUUAUUAACCUGCCAGUUUUCACACGUAGCAUUCCUGAUGACAGUUUUGGGGAAAAAAAUGGCCCUGGCCAAUCAAUGCAAUGUAAAUACUUUAUAUAAGAAAUACACAAGUUUGUAUAAGUCUUUUGUUUUUCUAUGUAAAAAAAAAAAGCCCAAAAGUUUACCGGCAUCAGUUUAAAAAACAGAGCACAACAUAUUUUUUAUUAGGGUUAAAGUUUUAAGUUUAUUUAAGUGUGCGGUUCAUUAACUUAAUUAGUUAACUGGAGAUAUUUAUUUUGUGUGGAUUGUAAAUAGGUUGGUUUAUCAUAAGUUAUGCUCGCGAUACAUCUGUAUAUUCGCUUCUUAAGUUAUUUGAACAAUGGGUGUUUGUUCCUUGAAAUUAGUUUCAAAAUCUCGAGUUGUAAUUGACCAGUUUUUUUUUUUUUUUGUUCCGUUUAAUAAUCACUUUGAUUUGUUUUUU